AUGUCGCAAAUCAACCGCCAAAACCUCACGCAGCCGACUGGUCCUGUACCGCGUAGGCGUAGCGAAGGGAGCAAAGAUAGACAGCGGCCUGAGCUCCUCACCUCGAACGCCAAUCGGAAAUCUGGGGCGUUCAGCCCAUCCUCUCCCUUUAGCCCAUCAUCCACUCCGUCUUCUGCCUUCAAAACCAAAAAUUCAAAAGCGGGGUCUGCAUCCUUAAACAGCCAUGUUCGAAGCAUCUCACGCUCUGUAAACGAUAUAUUCGCUCGGUCGAAGUCUCCAUCAUCGUCGUCAUCCAUACAGCAACUGCACCGGCAACAGACUGAUGGGUUUUUAGGGGAUCCAAGAGCUGGUGAUAAAAAUUCAGAGUUAAGGAGGCCCCACACUGCUUCAAUAACUAGUGGUGGAAAAUUCCCAGAAUCGGAUGAAGCAUCAUUUUUAGGGGAUCACCAUGGAAGAUCACAGGAGUUGGUACUGGAAGGGUGGCUCAAUGUUGUAAAUUCCCAUUAUUCGAGAAAGGGGGCUUUAAAAGAUGCCUGGAAGCUGCAUUUUGGGGUUAUUCAGGGUCACCAUUUGAGCCUGUACAAACCUCCACAGAACCUUCAUAUUCGAUCAUUCGAUGUCCUGGCCAAAGCUCCCCCCAAGACUGCCGGUUCUAUUACGAGCAUAACUACAACGGCGACCCGGCCUCAAACUGCUCCCGACAUUGCCCUGGUUUCAUCGCAGGAAACAUCUACGUUAAAGCACAACAAGGAAGACAGACAUCCUGACUUAGUUUUGGAAACAGAUGGAUCGGUUGCCACUGGGUCGGUCGAGGCGAUAUGCCACGAGAUACUAUUCGGCAGAAACGACAUAUUCUUUAGGUCCAUGUUGCUAACUCUGCCAGCAUGGACAAUUCCAGAGACGGCUCUUGCGACCUUUACUGAGUAUACUAAGGGGAGGAAUAUAAGUGGGAGGAUAGAGCGAGUAGUGACAACAAUUCUUGAUUCUUCGUUUGGGAUGCUGUUAGAGAUGAGAUACCACGAGGCUUUGAUUGCACUAAUAGAGAAGGGAAUCAAGCCGCACAAUGCACAAUUGGCGAUUGCUCUGUCUGGAAGGGUCGAAUCUAAGCUAAGUUAUCUAAAGUCCGAGCUCUUCCCGACGAAUGUAGGCAAAGAGACAGAAAAUCACGAAAAACGACAGGCACUCACUCUCUCGCCGAACGAAUUCCUUUCAAUACCUGCCGGUCACCUAGCGCAGCAGAUUCAUCUAUUCCACAAAAAGUACCUUCAGAUAUGGAACCCUGGAACCGAUAUUUCGCUGCUGAUGGAUGUUACACAUGCCCUUCCGGCUGCAAACAAGAACCCCCUAGUUUUCACUUCCAGUGCCAUUCAUUUUCUGGGAGAGAAGCUGUGCACAGAUAUUCUAAUGCCGAACCACUCGCAUGAAUUCCGUGCUUCGCUGCUAUCGCGUUGGAUUGAUGUUGGGAGAAUACUCCAGGACCUCGGUGAUAUGGUUGGCUGGUUCUCAGUUAUUAUGGCUAUCCUCUCGCCGGCUGUCCUCAGGCUUCAGAUGACCUGGCAGAUGAUCGAGGAGUCAAAGCUGAGUACCGUAGUAGAAGAAUGGGUGCCCGUAAUGCUAGAUCUAGAACGGCGCAAAUUCGAAUUAAGCACUACAGAGGCUGUUCGUCCCAGUGUUAUGGCCCCUGGAGGUGGUGGGGAAACAAUCGCGGUGCAAGAUAUUGUUCCCUAUUUCGGUGAUCUGUGCCAUUCCCUUACCGAGUCUACUGACAGCAGAAACAAUAAAAUCGACUGCAAAAGGUUUCUUGACGGAUAUGAAGGGAUUGAGGCUGGUCUUAAGAGGUGGAGCCGAUACCCGGACGAGAAGAGCGCGAAUGGCAAAGAUAUUCCACCAGCUAAAUACAAAGAGGACCCUCGGAUACAGGAGUGUCUUCGGCUCUUAAAUAAUGGGUCUAAGGCAAUAUCCGUGUAUUCGUCCUCCCUCUUCCAGAUGUCCUUAGCCGCUGAACGGCCAAAUACCGGGUUUUAUGUCCAGCCACACUACCAUCAAAAACCCCCUCUAAGUACUGGUACUAGUAUUCCACUAGCAUUCACAGAGUUGCUACCUGGAUUCUCCCUCUUUAACUGGGAAGAUACCUUGACGAUUGCAGAAGCUUUUGGAAAGAAACAUUUUAAUGCGAGUACCGGAAACUUAACGGCCAUUGAAAUGGAUAAUGACCUCAUGCUUGCCGUACCUAGCGCUUCCACCCCAACCUUACGACGUACAAGAUCAUUCCCUCCUCAACGAGCAUCAGCAAAAACCACCGGCUAUAAUGCCUUAGAUGUAGCCACACAUGAAAGAACGGCAGGGCUCCAGAGCAAAGACAGUACUAUCUUGAGAGCUGUCCGAGAUGUUCUAGGUGUGGAUGAGGAGAGUUUUUAUAGUAAGGAUGGAGAGCUGAUGUUAAAAGCUGAUGUUAACACGGAUAUUGGGGGAUCUCGACCUACAAGUUUGAUAGAGCACGGAAGACGCCCAUUAAGUAUUGCCUCGGGACAUGCGGAUGGAGCUGAUCGUGACAGGCCGCCGUCAAUGGUGAACCCAUCCCGGUACAGUACAAAAGCCAUGAAUGUGGUUACCAAGGGUGGUACUCUAGAGAGACUUGUUGAUAUCCUAGUGCUUGGAGUGCAGGAUUUCAGCACUAGGAUGUUUUCUCGAAGUGAACAUGGAGAAAAGAAGGAACUACCGGCAUUCGGAAUGGACGAUGAACUUUUUAUCAUAACCUUCUUAGCUACUUUCCGAAGUUUCUGCCUGCCAAUUGUAUUACUCGAGUAUCUCAAAAAGAGACUACUGGGGGCCCGCUCCGCCGCCAAGCUAUCUGACAAAGUCAAGGAUGACGACGUAUUCCCUGACUGGACGGGUCUUUACCAGGAUAAAGAUGAGGUUUUGGACUGGAUCAUGGUGGCCAGGAUCCACCUUGGUAUUCUUCGAGUAUUAAGUUUCUGGGUGGACGAAUUCUACAUCGAUUUCCAUGGAGAUCUCGGUUUGAGGGAUGCUUUUGUUGAGUUCAUUGCAAUGCUCUCAAAGGAGUUCGCGAUAUGGGAUCAACAUACUUCUAACCACGAAGAGCUCCCUGACAUGAUUGAACAGAUAUUUAACCUGUUCGAGGAUGUGAGAGAGCAGUUUGAGAGGGGUUUUUAUCUCCCAUUACGACCUUCAAAUACCUUCCAUUCGCCCCCCUCCCUCUCCGUCCCUGUCCAUUGCCCUCUAAAAUAUCUUGAGGAGUUUAUCGACCAGGUCGAAAACCAUGCCAGACGAGCUUUCACGGAAAUCCGGCUUGUCGAUUGGAUGAUUACCUUCGAAAUUCUGGAAAUGCAGUCUACUGAGUUGAACGGAUUUUUGGUUUCAAAAUCGACUGCCCAAUCGUUUGAGGAUGAGGAUAUUAUCCAAAGCGUGUUUCUGAUCUUGAAGAAUCUCCCCAGGGUCGAUGCAAACGAAACUGUCUUUCAAAGUCUGCCGCCGCCCAUCCGAGCCUUUGCGAACCUUCAAAACGAUGUGAUCAACAUGUUUAUUUCCAUUGUGACUGACAAUCGCAUUAAUGCGGAUGAGCGGUCUCAAAGAAUAUUCUCGCUGCUGAGGUGCAUCUCGAUAUGCCAACGGCGGAUGUCUGUACUCGAUAUCUACGAGAAUGCUGGUAGCCCUGUCCCUCGGCAGUCUGUCCCGUCGUUCGUUGGAAACGCGAUAGCCGCAGCUCUUUGCUCCCCCGAAAGUCGGAUGUUCACGCAUUCUUGGAAUCUCGCGGGCGAGCUGGCGACAGGAAGACAUUCUGACCUCGAUAUCUUGCAAAAUGUGGUUCCAUCGUUGAACGAAGAGAGCAGAUUAUAUGGGCCGAUGACCGUCUGUCCGUCUUGGUUGCUUGACCGCAUGCUCGAGAUCAUCUGCAAUGUGCCAAACAUGCUAAUCGAAAAUAGUCGAUUGAUCAACUUUGACAAGAGGAGAUAUGUGUUCAAUCUUGUCAGCAAUUUCUUCGAUAUCGACCCGAACUCACCAAAUAUGGGGAGCUCCGGUGAGGAAGUCGGAACACCUAACCCUAACCACGACAGGCAAACACAGAGCCGGUUAGGUCGCCCUGCUGAUAGAAAGCAUCUGAAGGAACUUGCUUUCCGAGAGAAUUCUGUUACAAAGUCCAACAGGACGAAGGUGUUCUACCGCCUCCUUCAAAAAGAACACGAUAAGCGAAAGCGAGAUGGGAAAUAUCGUGAGAGCGUCGAGAAGCAACAUCGAGGGCAGCUCAAGGCGUCUCAGAAGACUAAGUCCUCAGGAUUGAGAAUGGACCCUGUAGCUGAGAAGAAAUCAGGACGAAGACUCGCAGUAAAUACUCUAUUCAAAGCCGUGCGCCCGAUAUCCAUGGCGAUAUCCUCCUCUUGGACCCCCCCGACCGCCAGCAAGGUUGUUCCACCUUCCGAGCUUCCUGUAAUGCACAGUUCGAAUUAUAAGACGAAGCCUGCAAUUAUUAUCGAUUUGUACAGGCUCGCGGGAAUGCACUCCUCACCCUCGUUUAGACAGAGACAAAUUUGGAAAAUGAAGACCGAAGACGGGUUAAGCUUUUUACUUCAGGCUACCGGGUCGGAAGAUACGCAAGCAUGGCUACAUUCCUUGGAGGCAAUUAGCGGAGACACCGUCAACACAGAUGGUGACGAGGUGAUGGAUGGCGGGAUGGCCUCAGCUCCAACUGUGGUUGUUUCUCCAUCUUUCGGUGUUUCACUCGAGAAGCUUUACCAGAGGGAUGGCCUGAAAGUCCCGUAUGUAGUAGAGAUGAUGCUUGGAGAAGUAGAGCGGAGAGGGUUGGAGGAAGUUGGCAUCUACCGUGUUCCCGGCGCCACCAGCAGUAUUGGCGCUCUCAAGGCAGCCCUUGAUUCUGAGGUUGAUGUCCGAAUGGAUGAUGACCGAUGGUUUGACAUCAACGCUAUUGCCGGAUGCUUCAAACUUUUCAUGAGAGAAAUGCCAAACUCUCUAUUAUCUCCUGAACUCCUUGAGGACCUUCGGGCAAUGCCAGCCGAUAUCGAGGAUUCCGAAAAGCCAUUGUACUAUAGGAACUGUUUUGCAAAACUUCCCCCAUGGAUCUAUUUCUUCCUUCAACGUUUUUAUAGACAUCUUCACCUAAUUGCACAAAACUCACACAUCAAUAAGAUGAACACAGUUAAUCUUGCUAUCGUCUUUGGUAUGGGAAUGGCAAAUGACGGUAGCGGCACCAUGGGUUUCAGCCCAGACUUUGGAUAUUUCCAACAGAUGGUACGAAACUGGAUUGGUCAUGCCGAAACCAUCUUCCCAGACCCGCCUGAGGAAGCUACGCCAGAGUCACCGUAUAUCGGGCACCAGGAAGAAUUCCAUCAUCCGUUCACUAUCCCGGUGAUCGUGGAGACGAACGCCGCUGAAGAUAGCUAA